AUGAUAUCACUAUUUUCAAAUGGGAUUCAUAUCAAUGGGAAAAAGUUUUUAUUUUCUAUUGGCCAAAUAAUAUGCGAUGCCGCCGCCAAAGCCUUUUUAUUAAAUGUAAAGCAAUUCAACGCUUAUCAUAGUUGUAAUUCCUGCAUUGAAGAGGGAACUUAUAGCAAUAAGAGAGUAUGUUUUUUGGGUAUAAAUGCACCAUUAGGAACCAAUGAGUCUUUUCGUCUUAAGAGUGAUGAACAUUAUCAUAAAGGUCUUUGCCCGUUUGAAGAAUUACCCAUUGACAUUACUUCAGUUGUGGUUUUAGAAUAUAUGCACAAUGUUUGUCUUGGGAUUAUGAAAAGGCUUUUACAAUUCUGGAAAAAUGGUCAAAAACCUGUUAGAUUUUUAAAUAAAGAUUGUGAACAACAAAUUUCAAAUGAACUAGUUAACUUACACCCACAUUUACCAUCUGAAUUUAAUCGUUUGACUAGAUCUAUAUAUGAACUUGAAUAUUGGAAGCAGUGUUGA